AUGGAUGUAGAUGGACUGUUAAAAUGCAAGAUCUUGCCUCCUUUCAACUUGUAUCAUCCGGUUUUGCCAACACGUAUUCAUGAUAAAUUGAUGUUUGUUCUCUGCAGAACAUGUGGGGAAAUGAUGUACCAGGGGGAUUGUUUUCAUGAAAGUGAAGAUAGAGCGUUGAUUGGGACGUGGACGAUGGAUGAAAUUAGGAAGGCUGUAGAGAAAGGUUACAUUAUACUGGAUAUGCUUGAGUUGUGGGAGUAUGAGGUAGCCACAUAUGAAAAUGGGGGAUUGUUCACUGAGUUUAUUGAUAAAUUCUUAAAACUAAAGCAAGAGGCUUCUGGAUACCCCGGAUGGUGUAAGACAGAGGAAGACAAAAACAAGUACAUUGCAAAAUUUCUUGAACGUGAAGGGAUUGAGAUGACAAAGGAGCAUAUUGUUAAGAACGGUGGUUUAAGAUCAGUAGCAAAAUUGAUGCUUAACAGUUUCUGGGGCAAGUUUGGGCAGAGGGAAAAUAUGAUGAAAACUUCAAUCAUCCGAGAUGCCAAAGAGUUCUUUCGGCUAUUAACCAAUCCUGAGGGGAAGUUAAAAUACUUCCAGGCAAUUAACCAAGAUGUUGUGCUAGUAAAUUGGCAAAAUAUUGAAGAAGCUAGUGAAUCUUUAAGAACUGUAAGUGUAGUCAUGGCGGCCUUCACUACUGCCCACGCUAGACUUAAGUUGUAUGAACACCUUGAUGCUCUAGGAGAUCAAGUACUAUAUUGGGAUACAGAUAGUAUUAUAUAUUACUACCACGAAGGGUUGUAUAGGGUGCCUACAGGAGAUUACCUUGGUGAAAUGACAGACGAAUUAGUAGAGUAUGGACCCGGCUCUUAUAUUACUGAAUUUGUGUCUGGGGGUCCAAAAACGUAUGCAUACCUUGUCUGGUCGACAAAUCAACAGAAAUUUAUCCCGGUUUGUAAAAUCAAAGGGCUUACUCUCAAUAUUAAAACAUCGAAAAUUUUGAAUUUUGAGAAACUAAAAGAGAUGGUUUUAAGUGAAGCUUCUAAAAUCGUUGAAAUUGAUGAGCACAGGAUUAGACGAACAAAAUAUAGAGAUAUUGUAACAACAGAUGAAGUUAAACAGUUUAAGGUAACUGGUCCAAAGAGAAAGUACGAAGGAGAGCAUGACACUCUCCCCUAUGGGUACAAAAAACAGAAGCAUUGA